CCGCUGACGGGUUGCCCGCCGGCGCCGCGCUGGAUCUGCUGCCGGGCUCGCCGUUUGCGUCGGAAAGGAUGGCCGCGGGCGCCAGCGCUGAGGAGCCGCUGCCGUCGCCGGCGCCUUUUACCUCGGAUACCGCGAGGUGGGCGAUGCUUGCGACCGCCGGGCUGCUGGUGGCGUUGUGGUGGCUGCUGGGCCGCCGGACGCUGCAGCGACUUCCCCCGGGCCCCAAGGGCUGGCCCCUGGUGGGCAACUUCGCCUUCGCCCUGCUGCCCAAAAGGCUGACAGGCGCCCUCUUUGACCUGCCGCCCCUCAAGGACGAGGAGAGCUGCGGCCCGGGCGCGCGUGCAGAGCCGCUGCCGCUGCAUCUGCUGCUCACCGGGUUGGCCAAGAUGUACGGCAGCAUCUUCCGAAUCGCCUUGGGCAGCCGCCACCUGAUCGUGCUGAACGACUUCGAGACCGUCCGGGACGCGCUGGUCACCCAGUCCGAGGUCUUCAGCGACCGCCCCACUGUGCCCAUCGUGACCAUCGUCACCAGGAAGAAGGGUUUGGUGUUUGCACCUUAUGGCCCAGUGUGGAAAAAACAAAGGAAGUUUUCCCACUCAACUCUCCGUCACUUUGGAUUAGGAAAGCACAAUUUGGAGCCUAAAAUCAUUGAGGAAUUCAAGUAUGUGAAAGAAGAGAUCCUGAAACAUGGAAAGGAACAAUUCAAUCCUUUCCCUAUUAUUGGCAAUGCAGUGUCCAAUGUGAUCUGCUCAAUGAUCUUCGGUAGGCGCUUUGAUUAUGACGAUGCACAGUUCAAGCGCAUGCUGAGGCUUAUGUCACAUGCGCUAGAGAGCAGCGUGAAUAGUCAGAUGCUCUUGGUCAACAUCAGCCCUUGGCUAUAUUAUCUUCCUUUUGGGGCUUUCCGAGAAUUCAGGCAGAAUGUGCUGGAUAUCACAGAUUUCUUGAAGAACAUCAUUAGACAACACAGGGAAAGCCUGGAUGCUCAGUAUCCUCGAGAUUUCAUUGAUAUGUAUCUCCUGCAUUCAGAUGAGGAAAAGAAGAUCAAUGGGGAAAGUAGCUUUAAUGAAGACUACCUGUUUUUCAUUAUUGGAGACCUUUUCAUUGCAGGCACAGACACUACAUCCAACACACUACUCUGGAGCCUUCUUUACAUGUCGCUUCACCCACAAGAGCAAAGAAAUGUUCAAGAAGAAAUCGAUUUGGUAAUUGGGUGCAACAGGCCUCCUACCCUGGCUGAUAAGGUACACAUGCCCUUAACAGAAGCAACUAUUAUGGAAGUCCAAAGGUUGACAGUGGUUGUCCCUCUUUCUAUUCCUCGGAUGGCCUCAGAAACUGCUGAGCUUCAGGGAUACACUAUUCCAAAGGGCAGUGUAAUCAUUCCUAACUUGUGGUCUGUGCACAGAGAUCCCAACAAAUGGGAGAAUCCAAAUGUUUUUCACCCAGCAAGAUUCUUGGAUGAGAACGGCCACCUCCUCAAAAAAGAAUCAUUUAUUCCUUUUGGAAUUGGCAAACGUGUGUGCAUGGGAGAACAGCUUGCCAAGAUGGAGCUUUUCUUGAUGUUUGUGAGCCUUUUGCAAAGUUUCACCUUUCUGUAUCCUCCAGGCUUAAAGAAGCCAUCAAUGAAAGGAAGAUUUGGCCUGACAUUAGCUCCCUUUCCAUUCAAACUUAUUGCCUUAAAGAGAUGAGGAAACCUCAAAGAAAAACGCUGCACCAAUGUUCAUAUUAUAUGAAAUUCAGGGCUAUAAAUGAAAUGCAUUUCACCAAAACACAGUCACUAGCCCAAAGCAGGCUAGGGAAUUUUCAACCCAUGGGGUAUGUAAAAAUUAUCAAGCACUUUCUCCUUAGCUCAAGCUGUCCCCCACUUGAUGUGCUGAAACUCUUCAACCAUAGGAAACAAACGGAAGUAUAUAGUCCUCAGGAGCUGCAGAGUAACAAGAGAAAGUUGGGGCAGCAACACUUAAGGGAACCUUUGGUUAUCAAAUGGCUUUUAUGUUAGAGAAAAAGCAGAGGAAAAGACUUGGAAAUCUAACUUGCACAUGACAAAGUGAGGGUGCAUAGCAAAUUGUCUUAUAAACCAGAGUUGGGGGGAUGUUUUGUUGGGUGAUUCUGACCUUUCUUCGCUUUCAGUAGGAAAACAGCUUUCCUACACAUUUCAGAUGCUAAUUCAGUCCUUGGGCUGGCUCCUUUCAAAUGCUUCAGGAAGGCUGCUUUUAAAAAAAAAGAAUGUAAAGCAUCAUACAUAUACAGAUGUGUUCAAUUAAAUGAAUAUUUCAUCCUUGUUUUAAUAAUAAAGGCAAAUGUUACUUUUAAAAGGUGAAGAACAUCUCCAGGGGAGAUGGGUAAUGAUGCUAUUGAUUCUGGAUGAUCAUCACUGUACCCAACUACUUCUGCUUCAGCCAUCCAGAAUGUGUUUCCUCUGCUUAUCAGGAAGAACAAAAUAUAGUGAGUGGACUUCCACAACUCAAUUUUUUAAUAUAUAUUUUCUGAGAUUUAGCUCAUGGUAUCUCUGUUUAUUGUUUGCUAAAAGCACAUGCCUUGUUGGCAUAACUUUGGUUAUUUCUCACUGCUCACAUUCUGAGUUUAUUGUAGAUUAGUGUUAAGCUCAAGCUGAUUUAACCUGCAAGUCACCCAAAACAUCUAUGUUGAAAAUGUUUAAUACAUAGGUAUAGGUGCCAUAGGAAGCAGUACUAGCAUGGUCAAGUUGUACUGCCUCAAGUAAGCAUAGGAAACACAAUGAUAAAUAUCUAAAAUAGGAUUUCAUUGGGCAGGAGAUGUACGUGCCUCUAGCACCUUAAUACCCAGCCAUUUCUAUUGGAGAACACUUGACUAGCUAUAGUUGUUAUUAUGGCAUGGAGUACAUAAAAUAAUUCAACUGACAAAUAUUUAAUUUUGGGUUUUGGGGCAUAAAAUUUAGUUUAAAAAGGCCGUUAGAAAUGAAAGAUGAGGAAUGCAACCCUAAUCCUAUUUGCCAAAACAUUUGAAAUCCCAUGCUCUUAAAUACAAAAAUGUAGAGAGAGGGAUGUUAAUUGCUGGUUCCUGCAUUUUCUGUAUGUUUAUUUCAUGGUCCACAAUUUCAAGAAUGCUUUGAGAAAGACUUAGACACUAUCUAGUAUAAUAAUAAUAAAGAUAUACUUGAAUUUAUCCCCAUUUUUUAUGCUAUACAUGAGAGAAAGCCUUUUCCUAGUGUGCUCCCUUACAUUUCCCUCUCCUAUCUUCAUGGCAAUACGGAAAUAUAAAUGAUGAUGCACUUACUCAUGUUUAAAAAGAAUUUUAAUUGCUGUGGUCUGCAUUCUAAAAAUAAAAUAAAAAAAAUUUCCAGGGGCAAUCUAAGAAAAGUAACUGUUCCCCUUCAUGCAUGCUACCCUAACAAAUUCAGAAAAAAGAAAUCAUACUGCCAAAAUUUGGGGCUUGCCCGUUUUGAUGGAAGAUAACUAAUUGAAAAUGGAAAGUUUUCAUUCAGUCAGUUCAAAGAGAAGCUGCAUAACAGAUUAGCAGGUUUGAAGAAUACACUGGAGCAUUUUUUGUUUGCCUAUGGUUCAUUGCAUGAACCACAGUUGACUGGUUCAUACAACACAGAAUUAAACAUUAAAGAAGGUGCAUUAUGAUGUGGUGUGAUAUGAGCUAAAUUGCAGAAUGGAUGAGCCUUUAAGGAGAAGACUCGGACAUCUUGGACAAUCCUUAUCCUUCAUUUGCACUAACUUUUAGAGGAGUGCUAUUACGGCAGAUAAUGUUAUGGGGCAAAAUACAACUGAUCCUUGGUAUGGCAUAUAUGUCCUUUUGUAAUCAAGCAAUCUUACUGAAGCAGUUUUUAAUUUUAUCAAAUUCCAAAGUUCUGUAUUUCUGUAUUUUGGAAGGCAUUAAAAUCCUAUUCGCUGGCUAUAUUAGUUGCCUAUAUCUUGCUGAAGUUUAUAUUAUCUGUUGUCUUUUUCAAAAUGAAUGCCUUGUUUAGAAUUUUAGGAUGGAGAAUGUAAAACCUAAGAUCUGAAAUCAUGGAUUGCUUUUUUUUGAAGGUGCCUAUACUUCCACACACAGUGUGAAAUAUGUUUCUUGGUGCAAGUAUCUGUC